GUCAAGUAUGGCGGCUGUUUUCAAAACAAACUAGUUAAUUCUAUGAAAGAAGGGCCCUAUCACUGUCUGUCCGUAUUGAUUUAAAAAGAAAUGGUGGAAAAAGGCAGAUUUUUGGUAGUUGUUGCCGUUCUUGAAGGAAGAAGAUUUCCUAAAAGACCACGGCACCAGCUAGUUGUUGAAGCUAAGUUUGAUGGUGAAGUGUUAACUACAGACCCUGUAGACCAUGUAGAAAAUCCAGACGUUACCCAGGAGCUUGCCUGGGAGCUGGACAAGAAAGGCCUUCAACAACACAGACUUCAGAGGACAUCAAUCAAGAUCCAAUGCUAUGCUCUUGACACAUCAACAUCUGUCAAGGAGGCAAUAGGCUAUGUCGUGCUAGACCUCAGAUCUGCACACAACAAACAGACAUCUAAAUGGUACCCACUUUUGCUUGGAAAGUACCAAAAGAAUAAACCAGAAAUUCGCCUUGGCCUUUAUCUGGAUGAAGACAAAACAACAGAAGAAAACACAAGUUUUAAGGCAAAGGAAGCACCAGCGAGAUUGAUAGAGGAGACUCCCCUAAAAGACAAGAAUGCCAAUCAGUUAAAGCCUGUGUUAAAUGAGGAGGAGGGGUUCUAUCAGUUAGGGCCACCGAAACAAUGUGCAGAUCAAUUUGUCCUUUCUGUUACCAUAGCUACUGCCAGCAACCUUGCACAGCUUAUACCUAGCACAAUGGCGUUACCUCAAGGCGGUGGAUACUUUUUCUACUUCUCUUUGUUUGGCAAUGAUGUGACAAACGAGGUGUUUAACGACCUUAUCAACCCCCAAUUCCCGGCAGAGAGAGCAUCUGUCCGCAUACGCAGCAGUGUAGAGGCCAUCCGCAUGUUCUUUAGCAGUCAACCAGGACUGCAGGUUCACCUGUGUUGUGGUGACCAGUCACUAGGGAGAGCAGAGGUCCCACUUAAUUCCUUGUUAAAGAAAAACAGCACAGAGAUCUACAUGAAACCUGUGUCUGUUGAAGGUUCAUUUGAGCUGGUUCCCCCAAACAAAGCUAAGCAGCAGAUGUCGGCUGUGCCGGGCGGUCUUUCUCCAGUUGUUGGACUCUCCGUGGUCCUCCGUAAGGAAGACAUGGCUAUGCGGAGCCCUGUGAAGGAAGGAGCACCCUCCCCAAUACGAUCUGUCCCCCACUCACCUAGAUCACCAGUCCAUAAACAUCAACCCCACCCUGAACACAGAUCCCCUGGGAAGGGAGAAAGGCCUCAGGGUCCCUCGUCUCCAACACUCCAGAGGGGUGGGGCAGAGGCGAGUGAGUAUGAGGAUGACUUCGAAGUUGCCACCCAUGACAAUGUCAGCAGUAUUGAGGAGGAUAAACAAAAAGCUCAAAAGAAAUCCAAGGAUCCAGACCAGACAGAAGUAAUGAAGCCUGCUAGUAGAGGAGCCCAAACUGGGGCAAGCCCUGGAGGCCCGGUUCCACACCUGUCUGACUCAACGUCCACCACCCAGCACCAUGUGGCCAUACCCCCACAGAGCCACCACUUUGCCUUCUCCAUAGACCUUCGUAGUGUCCGCAGUCUUGAUAACAGCAACACACAACAUGUCUUCUUGAGGUACACCUAUCCAUUCUUCGGGAGUGCAGCCCCUAUCCUGACCCACCCUCCUGUUGAGAUACGGAAGGGAAUGGAGGUUCUCCUGCCCCAGUCCUUCUGUGCUUUUGAUUUCGCCUGCAACAUGCAGCAACUCCAGGAGACAUUCCUCAGGGUGCCUUUGAUGGUAGAGUUGUGGAACAGAGACAGACAGCUAUCCAAGGACGUGUUCCUCGGAGCAGCCCGCCUUCCCCUCGCUGAUGUCAUUGUUGCAGAGAAAACAAAACAAAUGAACCAGUCUGGAAGCAGUGGCUGGAAACAGUUGUACAGCAAUAAAGUACCAGCCAUAUCUAAUGAAAGCCCUGGGAAGCCUAUUGGUGAGAUAUCAUUCGUGUUAAGUCUCGAGGACUGGGGUCCCAUUAGUACACAGCAGAUUGUGGUUGCCAAACCAGAGUCAUCAGGGACAAUGGGUAUAGCAGAGAACCAGCCGCCGACACAAUCACCAAGGGAGACAGAAGAAUACAAGGCCGCUCUUGAACUUGAGAUGUGGAAGGAGGAACAGGAACAUGUCUUUGAAAAUCAGUUGAAGCAGAAGGAGAUGAUGUACAUGAAGGCUUUGGCUGAGGAGUGGAAGAAACGGGACCGCGAGAGGGAACUACUCAUGAAGAAAAAGUUGACAGAGUAUGCACAGUUGGAGGAGCAGCUGAGGAAGACCUUGCUCGACCUUGAGAAACGUGAAAAACAGCUUGCAGCAAAUGAACAGGAGGUGAUGCGAUUGAAGGCAGACCUACAGCGUGACCACGACCGAAAGCUCCAGGAGAUGAAGGAAGCCUCACGACGUAUGAAGGAUGACUGUGAUCACCUCGUAGACCUUGAAAAGGGUAAAAGCAAGGAACUGGAGAGUUUGAUUCAAAGAUAUAAAGAUGAGUUGACAGAGGCUGAGAAGCGGAAGGCAAAGGUUGAGAAGGACUUUACAGUGUACAAGGAGGAGCUUAACACAAAGCCUGAAGUGCGACUUCAGUCAGAGAUUAACCUCCUUACUCUCGAGAAGGUUGAGUUGGAGCGUAAGAUGGAUGCAGUGACCAAAUCUAAGCUCCACUACAAGCAGCAAUGGGGCCGGGCGCUCAAGGAGCUGGCCAGGCUUAAACAGAAGGAGCAGGCUCAGGCCAAGGCCAGUCUCGUUAAACAACAACAGGAGUUGGAGCACAUGCGUCUUCGUUACCUGGCUGCUGAGGAAAAGGAUGUGGUGAACACAGAUAAACAGGAGCUGGAAGACAUCAAGCAUGAACUGAACAAGUUGAAGCUGAUGGAGGAAGAUCGGUUGAAGGGUGACGGGAUGUCACCACGGGAGACAGUGGGGGUGAAGAGUGGGGUGGACUGCGGGGACAUGGACAGGGUGGAGGAACACAUAUCCCGUCUUAUAGAGGAGCGAGACACACUGCUCCGCACAGGCGUGUACAACACACAAGACAAGAUUAUAGCAGAGCUGGAUAGACAGAUCCGAGAAGCCUUGGCAAACAGAAAACUGAACAAUGUGUGACACAGGCUCAAUAUUGGUGUCCAGGAUAUAAGUGUAUUCGUAGUAAGGAAUGUGCCACAUUUUAUUAACUGCAUGAAGAGGUGAAUGCAUUUAGAAGUGCAGAUUCACUCAUUUAGAUAUGAAAUUGCCUAAAGAUAAUUUAAAAUGUUUAUAUUUAUAACAGGUAUCUGAUAUCUUACAUUUCUUCAUAUUAUAUAAAUGUAUGCAAAUGACUGUGAUUUAUUUUAAUUAUAUUUUAGUUUUUUAUGUUAUUCUGUAAAAAUGGCUGUUUAGAAGUAAAUGUGUAAAACAUAGGUGUUGUUUUUAUUUGCUUUAAAAAGGUUUACAAAACAAGAGGGCCGGUAGGGUAAAAUUGUUAUUGUCAAUUUGUUGGAGAUUUUCAAAAUACAUUGUACUGCAUAAAAGAGACUCGCUCAUGUUUUGGCACCAACAAUAAGCUUUCCCAGUAAGGCCAUCAUUUUUUAAUAAUCUGAUUUACAAACCCGCCGACCCAAGUUUUUGCUAGAAUGAAAUAAAAAUAAAAGAGAUCAUCAACUGUUUUAUUUUUACUUUGCCCGCCGACCCGAAAAAUUGGGAGCAAAUAAAAUAAAAUAACUUCUUGGAAAAAUUAAAUUAGCUUUACAUGAUCAUUAAAAAAACAACUCGCAGACUUCAUUUCCGAGUAUUAAACCUAUAUCACGGGUUUCACUGGUGAUUGGAAGCUGACAUUCGGCUAUCCAUCGACAUUCUCUACAGCUUUGUGAUCGCCGAGCUGCUACGGCGACGUCAUUGUCGACAACCCACGGAAAUUUCCGAACGACUCCGUUACACAGAUAACAUUGCAGCUUGUUAGCCGAGGAGAUUCGAUUGCGGUGAGGAUGUGGUAAAGCCCGGAGCCUGAACUCGUCUAUUCCACGACGCUCUGUGCUAAACAUAGGCCCUGUGCAUAAUGUUGCAAAAAUUCUAACUUGAUUGUCUGCCAAUUACACGUUAAGUUUUUCGUCCAUCAACUGUGCUUCAAAAGAAAGAAAAAAUGCAUUCUUCGACUAGUUUUAACGAAUUCGCAAAACAUAUCCGCAUUUCGAGCAUCGAUGCCGUGUUUUAGUAUAACCAUCAAGGGAGGUGACUCUGAAUAUCGUCUGCAAUGGCGGCAUCGUCAGCUACUUGUUAUUUUAAAGUGAAAACAAUCCUCAACAAAACAGAAACAUCGACAAUCCAGGCCAUCAACCUUAACCAAUCGUUGUCGGAGUUCGCAUCUGCUUAUUUAGUAGACAAAGACGUCCAUAUCGAGCGUGCGGCCGGGGAUGAUGCGGACACGGAUUUAAACACGCCGUUUUGGGUUCUGAAUGAUUUCGGGUAAUUGAAUUUAAAAAAUACACGCCUUUUCAUUUAGAGAAAUAUUCCAGUUGAAACUUUUUACAAAACGCAAUUUAUUGUCGGGAUUAACAAUGAUGCAACGACUCGGUUAAUAUUUCCCCAAAUUAAUGCGAGUUAGGCUGAGAGUGAGAUGAAUAUACGGUACUGAUGACCCUCAAUACCGAUGGGCUAUGAAUAACAUUAUUUAAAGUGACGAGUUUACGGACAUUUGAAUGGAUUCAUUUUUAAUUUAAAAAAAAACAUAUCAAAGAAGAUGAUGGAGCCAUUUGAAGUAAAACUGUUUCUAUUUACAUGUUUAUCAAACUUCAUGACAGAUUUUGACUUGUGAUUUGGAUUUACGC